AUGUCCAGCUUUAGAAGCAAACGUGUACUUCCCGACUCCCAAAUCAAAUCUGCCAGGAAACGAAUCAUCAUUUGCUGCGAUGGAACGUGGCAAUCUGCUGUUACCGGAAAAGACAAUUGUCCAUCUAAUGUAACACGACUCUGUCGCGCAAUCAACAGUGUUGGAAGAGAUCCAGGAGAUGAUGAACCGUGGCAACAGGUCGUCUGGUAUGAUUCUGGAGUCGGAACUACAUCAACGGGUCUUGCACCUAAGGUAGAAGGUGCAGUUGGUCAGGGUUUGGAAGGAAAUGUGAUCGAGGCGUAUAACUUCUGUGUACUCAAUUGGAAUCCUGGAGAUAAGAUUAUAUGUUUUGGGUUCUCUAGAGGAGCGUACACGGCUCGGGCGAUUGCAGGCUUGAUUUCGGAUAUUGGGAUUUGUUCGAAAAGCAGACUGCAGGAGUUUCCAGAACUGUGGAAGCUGUACAGACAGAGGAAAUUUGAGGCAAAAACGGGGGUAUUGUCGGGGAAAAGAUUUUACGGUAGUGCUCAAUACUGGGAUUGGCAACUUGGGAGACUAGCUGACCCGCAGCCUGCUUUUGCGGAUCGCCCUGAUGGGGAAUUGCUUUGGGAUAUAAAACCGCAGGAUAUCGAUACAGUAUGGGCUCGCAGUAAAGAGUCGAUGGAUGUAGAGGUGGUGGGAGUUUUUGAUACGGUUGGAGCUUUAGGCCCGCCAGAAGUGUUUGGUUAUGAACUUCCUGAAUGGGUACGAUUUGGGGAAAAGCCAGAAUGGCACAAUGUUUCGCUUUCGGCCAACAUCAAGCACGCUUUUCAAGCUUUAGCUCUUGAUGAGCACCGCAAUGCAUUCUCUCCAACUCUUUAUUACAUCAAGACGUCCGACACAUCUUCAGAUGAAGAAAUAGAGAAACAAAGAGCUGAGGCUAAGGAACUAGAUGGAAAGUGGAAGGCUAUGGUUAAUGAAAUAUCCAAGAGGGCUACAGUCGAUGAUAAACUAAACCUUGAAGAACUAAAAAGAUUAGCAGACGAUAGAAACACAGCUACAGAAAAACUCGUCAAGAUGGAAGAAAGCAAGAAAAUGGAGAAAGCCCUCGAGGCUGGUGAGAUGGUGCUGGAGCAAGUCUGGUUUCCAGGAUACCACAUACACAUCGGUGGAGGAUCGAGCGAUACGCUAUUGGGCAAAGACAACAUGGAAGAAAUGUCCAACAUUACAUUUGCAUGGAUGUUAGAUCAAAUCAAAAAGUACGUAUCGAUUAAUGAAGGUACCAUAAGAGCCGACAGCGAAGAUCGUCAAAGAAACUUUGAAGAACUCAACAAACAACGCGAAAUCCACAUCAAAAAGGAAAAAGCACGCAAGGAUGAAGGUUGGGGAAAAUGGAUUUGGCGCCAGGGCGAAUGGGUCGCAUCUACAAUAGCUCAUCCCCUCACGCGGGAAAAAACACAUCAUCACGAAGAACGCGUAUACGGAUGGGGAACUGGAGAUUUCACCGAUAGUUUCACCGCGAUGUAUAGAGCUAAUGGCUCGAAACCACGCACACCAGGUCGUUAUGGCGUAGAUACGAAUGGGAAGAAGGUUGGCGAAACUCAUGAAUAUAUUCAUCCCACUACGGGAUUUCGAGUGCAUUAUCUUGAUAGGAAAGCUGAGGUGUGGAUUUUUGAUGAUGAUCAUCCGUUACAACCGGGAAAAUAUCGUCCCAUUGGGUUACUGGGUGAUAAUUACAAGCGCGAGAAGAAAAUAGAUGAUAAAGGUCGAGUGGGCUAUGAGUAUAUCUUCACAUACCCGGAUGGAUAUGUGUCACGAUUACCGGAAUGGCCUUUAGGCGAAGAGGGUUGUUAUGAGAGAUUAGCUAUUGAAGGAUCUGAUGCUCAUGAAUAUGUCGAAGAGUUAGAUCGAAGCUUGAAAACUAAUAUUGAGCCUAACGCGCCUAUUUGGGAUUCGAAAAAUGCAGGAUUUAGCUACAUGGCUCCAGCGAACAAAAUGGUUAUUCCUAAGAGGGUUUUGGUUACGUUACGGGAUUCUGUUCCUGAUGAUAUUUUAUACGAAGAUGUUUCGUACGAGGGUGUUCCAAAUGGAAAGGUUACGAAUGAAAUUGUUCCUGAUGAAGGAAUUCCAAAUGGAGAUCUUCCAGAGCAAAGCCCCCCAGAUGAAAACAUACAAGUCGAUAUGUUCGGCUACAGAUUUGAACCAGAUCUUACAUCAAUUUGA